CCCCGUUCUUUCUCAUAGAAUUCAGCUACCUACCCAGGCAAUAUGAAGAUUUUCUUUGUAGAACCUGCCAUUUGCCUUAGUGCGUUUGCCAUGACUUUGACUACCCCACUAACAACCCAAUAUGUGUAUAGAAGAAUAUGGGAAGACACGGGCAACUACAGUUUUGUAUCUGAUAGCAAUACUUCUGAGUGUGGAAAAAACAAAAGCAGCCCCAUUUUUGCAUUCCAGGAGGAAGUUCAGAAGAAAGUGUCUCUUUUCAAUCUGCAGAUGGACAUAAGUGGGUUAAUUCCCGGUCUGGUGUCUACAUUCAUACUUCUAUCUCAUAGUGAUCAUCAAGGACGAAAAUUCCCUUUGAUUUUGUCUUCUGUUGGUGCUCUUGCAAUCAGUGUUUGGCUCUGUUUGCUUUCCUAUUUUGCUUUUCCAUUCCAGCUUUUGAUUGCAUCUACCUUCAUCGGUGCACUUUGUGGCAAUUACACAACAUUUUUAGGAGCCUGUUUUGCCUACAUAGUUGAUCAAUGUACAGAACAGAAACAAAGAACAAUUCGAAUAGCUAUAAUCGACUUCAUACUUGGACUUGUCACUGUAUCAACAGGACUGUCUUCUGGCUAUUUUAUCAGAGAAUUAGGUUUUGUGUGGUCCUUUUUAAUUAUUGCUAUGGCUCAUACUGUUAAUUUGAUUUAUAUUUCAUUUUUUCUUGGUGAUUCAGUGAAAGAAUCUUCAUCUCAGAAUGUUUCCAUGUCAUGUAGUGAAGGCUUUAAAAACCUAUUUUACCGAACUUCCAUGCUUUUUAAAAAUGCUUCUGGUAAGCGACGGUAUUAUCUCUGUUUGUUACUUUUUACAAUGAUCACUUACUUUUUUGUGAUAAUUGGCGUUUCCCCCAUCUUUAUCCUUUAUGAAUUGGAUUCACCACUCUGCUGGAAUGAAGUUUUUAUAGGUUAUGGAUCAGCUCUGGGUAGCAUCACUUUUUUUAGUAGUUUCCUGGGAAUAUGGCUUUUUUCUUACUGUAUGGAAGACAUUCAUAUGGCCUUCAUUGGAAUCUCUACCACCAUGGCAGGAAUGGUUAUGACUGCUUUUGCCAAAACAACAUUGAUGAUGUUUUUAGUCAGGCUGCCGUUCCUUUUCACUAUUGUGCCACUCUCUGUUCUACGCUCCAUGGUAUCCAAAGUGGUUCGUUCUACUGAACAAGGCACCUUGUUUGCUUGCAUUGCUUUCUUGGAAACACUUGGCGGAGUUGCUGCAGUUUCUACUUUUAAUGGAAUUUAUUCAGUGACCGUUGCUUGGUACCCAGGCUUCACCUUUCUGCUGUCUGCUGUUCUAUUACUAAUUCCAGCUGUCAGUCUAUGUGUGGUCAAGUGCACCAGCUGGAAUGAAGGAAGCUAUGUACUUCUUACACAAGAGGAAUCCAGUGAAGACACUUCAAACAGAUGAUUACUUGUGAUUAAAAAAAA